AUGGCCGAGCCAGCAUCGGCGCCGUCGGACGGCCUCUCGUCUGCACUCACGACGGGCCGCGCGCUCAUCCUCCUGCAGCUUCUCAGCCGGCUGCUGACGUUUGCGCUCAACCAAGGUCUGGUGCGUCUCGCCCCUCCGGCCGUGUUUGGAACGGCAGCGAUCCAGUUCGACCUCGUCGCGGCCACCGUCUUGUUCCUUUCGCGCGAAGGCGUCCGCAACGCACUCUUGAGGCGGAAGGGCGAUGAUGAUAAUGAUGUGAAUUCCGGGUUCUCGACCCAAGACGCUGCCCUCGCUACUCUCCCGUUCAAGCUCGGGUGCGGCGUCGCCGUCGCCGUGCUGGCACUGUACCUCUCCACGUCGUCGGCGGAAACGACAUCCCAGCCCUAUUUCCACGUCGCGCUCAGACUGUACGUUUAUGGUGCGCUCGCGGAACUCGCCAUUGAGCCGCUGUAUGUGCGGGCUCUGCGCGAGAGCCCGCCGCGUAUCCGCGUGCGCGUCCAGGCCGAGGGAGGCAUGGCGAUCGUGCGCGCCGUCGUCACGUUUGCCUGCCUUGUCCUGGAUCCCAGCGGCCAGCGCGCGCUGCUCGGGUUUGCAAUUGGUCAUUCGGCCGGCGCUUCUUGGCUCGCGGCGCGGUACGUGUACGAGUACGGCGGGCUCAAGGUGCUCCCCUCGCUCUUUUUCCCCAAGACCAACGACCAGACGACCAAGCGCGAAGAAACGGGUGCGGCCAGCACCCGAGCCCUCGCCAUCGCCAACACCCGCCAGAGCGUCGUCAAGCACGUCCUCACGGAAGCGGACCGCCUCGCUGUGGGCCGCAUCUCGCCCCUUGGUGACCAAGGCGGUUAUGCCGUGGCGAUGAACUAUGGUUCGCUCGUUGCCCGUAUCAUCUUCCAGCCUAUCGAGGAGACGCUCCUGCUCCACUGGUCGCGAGCGCUCGACUCGCCCUCGACGCUGCCGCUGCUCACACUCGCGCUCCGCCUGUCGCUGCACCUGUUGCUGCUCCUCCCCGUCUUCUUGCCCCCGCUCCUCCCAAUCGUCCUCCCCGUCCUCCUGCCACGGCGGUACGUGACCGAGACGGACGCGGCGUCGACGCUGCAGACGUACCUCGUGUGCUACCUGCCUGUGCUGAGUUUCAACGGUAUCCUUGAAGCAUUCCACGCCGCCAGUGCCACGCCCGAGCAGGUCGCCCGCCAGGCCUGGUUCAUGAUUGCGAGCUCGGUAGCGUUUGCGUGGAGCCUCGUGGUGUUCACGGGCGUGUACGCGGGCUGGUUCAUGGGCUAUGGCCGCACCGCCGGCGGCGUCACCAGGUCGCCACCACCAGGCCUCCUGACCUCAAUCUUCCACUGCACGACCGAGCAAGCACUCAUCUACUCGUCGUGUGUCGCCAUGUCGACGCGCAUCGCGUAUGCGUGGCCCCACGCGCAAGGUUUCUUUCGCAAGCGAGGCACGCCCUUGACCUUUGCCGCGAUUGUGCCAAAAGCACGCGUCCGGUAUGUCGUGGCAGUCACAGGCGCCGGCCUGUGGGUUCUCGCAUACAGGCUGGGCACCAGUCUGCGCGACCAGGCCAUCCUGCUGGCCGUCGGUGCGGUGGCGGGUAUUCUUGUCCUCUACACAAUCUACACGGCUGAACAUGACCAAUUCAGCGCCAUUGGAGCUAGUCUGGGACGCCAUGAGCGGGAGCCAGAGCCCCAGACCCAGCCCAAGCCCAAGUCUGAGUGA